AUGUCGAAAGAUCAAAACAACCUCGCGCAGUUCAAAUAUGCGGCCAUGUCGAAUUUGGUCCUGCAGGCCGACAGACGAUUUACGUCCCGCCGACCGGACGAGCACACUGGUGACCCCGAGUCGCUCGCAGGCCGCAUCAACAUCCGCGACAUGGGCGCGCGUACUGCGCGUGACAGUGCAAGUGCGCAAACUAAGAAGCUCAAGGGGCCUGGUGUUGAGCGAGGCAAUCUCGGGGAGGGUGGCGAUGUCCUGGAGAGAGAGCAACGCAAGAGGAAACGGGACGAUGGCACAAGCACUUUUGGAGCUAUUGCUACCGCCGACCUGAACAUCGAAGGCCUUACAUACAAGCCACGGACACCUGCUACUCGCCAAACUUUCGAACUCAUUACGACCAUUGUGAGCCGAGCUCUCGGCGAUGUCGAUCCUGCGACCACGCGAAGUGCGGCCGAUCAAGUUCUGGAAUACCUCAAGGAUGACUCUAUGAAGGACUUUGACAAGAAGAAGGAGGUGGACGAUCUCUUGGGUACUUCUAUGGGCGCAAAGGAGUUCAACGAGCUUGUGAACCUUGGCAAGAAGAUUACGGAUUACGACGCGCAAGAUGACGAGGAAGGAGGCGAUGAGGAGAUGGCGGAUGGAGAUGGCGCAGACAAUGGCGACAACCAGGGUGUAGCUGUCGUCUUCGAUGAUGAAGAGGAGGACGAAGACGGCCCUCAGACUUUCGAAGUGCGUGAUGCCGACAGUUCGGAUGAAGAGGAUGAGGCAGAAGCGCCGAUAGAACAAAUCGGAGGCGACGAUUCAAAGGACGCAGGUUUUGCGGACACCGAGGAGACGAUAAUACAGGGCGACACAGCCAUUUCGGAUCGCAAAAACGGCGCAGACCAGCUCAUUCCCGCACACGAGAUCGACGCAUACUGGUUACAACGGCAGAUUGGACAGAUCUACGAGGAUGCGCAUAUACAGCAAGAGAAGACACAGGAAGCGCUGAAGUUUCUUGCGGGAGUCUCGGAAGACGGUGAAGAGAAGGAGCUGCGUGAGAUUGAGAACGACCUCAUGGAUCUCUUUGAUUAUGAACAUCACGAGCUGGUCGCCAAACUUGUUCUCAACCGUGAUAGGGUCGUUUGGGUUACAAGGUGGCGACGCGCCGCGGAAGAUAAUGACGAGCGAACGGCUGUUGAGCGGGAGAUGAAGGCUGCCGGCCAGCAACAAAUCCUGCAAGAGCUGCGCGCACGAGAAACGGGCAUCAAGGCAGAAGAGGGUGCUGGCACAGGAAAGAUGAAGUUCAACCUCAAAGACAUCAGUCUUCCCGAGGUGUCGAACGACGUCGAAAUGGCCGACGCCAAACCAGAGGGCAUUGUUGGCGGUCUACAACCAUCAAGCCGACUUGUGAACUUGGACAACAUCGUGUUUGAUCAAGGUAACCAUCUCAUGACGAAUGCGAGCGUCAAGCUGCCUCAAGGUUCAACAAGACGUCAAUUCAAGGGAUAUGAAGAGAUUCACGUCCCUGCACCAAAGGCGAAGCGUGACCCCAACGAACCACCACUGAUGCCAACCUCCGAACUUCCAGACUGGGCACGCCCUGGUUUCGGUAACUCGAAGUCACUUAACCGUAUCCAGACAAAGUGUUUCCCGACCGCCUUCAAUGACGAUGGCAACAUGCUGAUUUGUGCUCCCACUGGUUCCGGAAAGACCAACGUUGCCAUGCUGACCAUGUUGCGAGAGAUUGGCAAACACCGCAACCCCACGACAGGAGAAAUCGCCCUUGAUGACUUCAAGAUCAUCUACAUUGCUCCGCUCAAGGCUUUGGUUGCGGAACAGGUCGGUAACUUUGGCAAGCGUCUUGAACCAUAUGGUAUCAAGGUUUCUGAGCUUACUGGUGACCGUCAACUUACCAAGCAGCAAAUCGCAGAGACCCAGAUCAUUGUCACCACUCCUGAGAAGUACGACGUCAUUACUCGUAAGGCCACCGACACAAGUUACAUUAAUCUCGUCCGCCUCAUCUGUAUUGACGAAAUCCAUCUUCUUCACGAUGAUCGUGGUCCAGUCAUUGAGAGCAUUGUCAGCAGAACUCUUCGGCAUAGCGAGCAGACUGGUGAUCACGUACGCAUUGUAGGUUUGAGUGCUACUCUUCCCAACUACCGCGAUGUUGCGAGUUUCCUUCGUGUAGAUCCCGACAAGGGACUGUUCCAUUUCGACGGUACCUUCAGGCCGUGUCCCCUGAAGCAAGAGUUCAUCGGUGUUACAGACAAGAAGGCUAUCAAGCAACUGAAGACCAUGAACGAUGUCUGCUACACUAAAGUUCUCGAACAAGUCGGCGAGCACCGCAACCAGAUGCUUAUCUUUGUACAUUCGCGAAAGGAAACUGCAAAGACUGCCAAGUACAUUCGUGACAAGGCCCUUGAAGAGGAGACUAUAGGCAAGAUUCUCCGAUCAGACGCUGCUAGUCGUGAAAUUCUAAGGGAAGAGUCCGAGUCGAUACAGAACGCCGAUCUCAAGGAUGUCAUGCCCUAUGGAUUUGGUAUCCAUCACGCUGGAAUGUCGCGAGCGGACCGUACCUCUGUAGAAGAUCUCUUUGCUGAUGGUUCAAUCCAAGUCUUGGUGUGUACAGCAACCUUGGCUUGGGGUGUCAACUUGCCAGCGCAUACAGUCAUCAUCAAGGGAACACAGAUCUACUCUCCCGAGAAGGGUAGCUGGGUUGAAUUGAGUCCACAAGAUGUUCUGCAAAUGCUUGGUCGUGCUGGUCGACCUCAAUACGAUACAUAUGGAGAGGGUAUCAUCAUCACUACACAGUCUGAGAUUCAGUACUACCUGUCACUGCUCAACCAGCAGUUGCCUAUCGAGUCGCAACUCAUCAGUAAACUUGCAGACAACCUUAAUGCCGAGAUUGUUCUGGGCAACGUCCGGAGCAGAGAUGAAGCUGUAGACUGGCUUGGCUACACAUACCUCUUUGUUCGAAUGCUUCGGUCGCCAGCUUUGUACCGGGUAGGCCCCGAGUACGAGAACGAUACGGUUUUGGAGCAAAGACGAGUAGAUCUUAUCCACGCAGCUGCGCACGUUCUUGAAAAGUGCAGUCUUAUCAAGUACGACAGGAAGACUGGAGCUCUUAACCCCACCGAACUUGGAAGAAUUGCCUCCCACUACUACAUCACCCAUAACUCCAUGGCUACUUACAACAUGCACGUUCAGCCUGGUAUCAGUGCGAUUGAGCUUUUCCGAGUGUUUGCACUGAGCGAGGAGUUCAAGUACAUUCCCGUUCGUCAAGACGAGAAGUUGGAGCUUGCUAAGCUGCUUGGAAAAGUUCCCAUCCCUGUCAAGGAGGGUGUGGAAGAGCCUCAAGCCAAGAUCAAUGUUCUUCUCCAGGCUUACAUCUCUCGUCUCAAGCUCGAAGGUUUGGCGCUCAUGGCAGAUUUGGUCUACGUUACACAGUCGGCUGGACGUAUUCUUCGCGCAAUCUUUGAAAUUUGUCUCAAGAAGGGUUGGUCGCAAGUUGCCAAGUUGGCUCUUGACAUGUGCAAGAUGGCCGAGAAGCGCAUGUGGCCUACCAUGACUCCUCUGCGACAGUUCCCCACUUGCCCCAGGGACAUUGUGCAGAAAGCAGAGCGCAUUGAUGUCAGCUGGUCGAGCUACUUUGGCCUUGAUCCACCCAGCAUGGGCGAGUUGCUUGGUAUGCCCAAGGCAGGCAGGCUCGUCUGUGGUCUGGUUGAGAAGUUCCCCCGACUCCAGAUUGAAGCAACACCACGUCCAGUGACCAGAUCACUGCUUCGUUUGGAGCUCACCAUUCGACCAGACUUUGUUUGGGAUAAUGAGCUUCACGGAACGUCUGAAGCAUUUUGGAUUCUGGUUGAAGACUGCGAUGGUGAACAAGUUCUGUUCCACGAUACCUUCAUUCUCCGUCGUGAUUAUGCUGAUGGCGACGUCAAUGAGCAUCUGCUCGAGAUCACAGUACCCAUUGACGAGCCAAUGCCGCCAAACUAUUUCAUCACAGUCCUCUCUGAUCGAUGGAUGGCUUCCGAGACCAAGCUCGCUGUCUCAUUCCAGAAGCUCAUCCUGCCGGCGAAAUUCCCUGCUCAUACGCCUGUCCUGGACUUGCAGCCACUGCCUGUCUCUGCUCUGAAGAGGAAAGAAUACAUGGGCUUGUAUGAGAACAUCGGUCGCUUCAACAAGGUUCAGACACAAACUUUCAACACCCUCUACACCACAGACGACAACGCACUCAUUGGUGCUUCGACUGGUAUUGGAAAGACUAUCUGUGCUGAAUUCGCCAUUUUGCGACACUGGGGCUCCGGUGACGAAGGCCGUAUCGUUUACCUAGCGCCGUUCCAGGAACUUGUUAACAAUCAGUACAAGAACUGGAAUGAGCGGUUGUCGGGUCUCUCUGGAGGUAAGGAUGUUGUCAAGCUUACUGGCGAAACUACAGCAGAUCUGCGACUCCUUGAGAAGGGUGACCUCAUUUUGGCUACACCUUCUCAGUGGGACUCCCUCUCCCGUCAAUGGCAGCGCCGAAAGAACGUGCAGUCUGUGUCGUUGUUGAUCGCUGAUGAAUUGCACAUGCUUGGCGGAUCCAACGGUCAUGUGUACGAGAUUGUUGUCUCUCGUAUGCAAGCUAUGGCGACUCAGCUCGAGUCAAAGCUGCGUAUUGUCGGACUGAGCGUCUCUUUAUCAAAUGCACGAGACAUUGGUGAGUGGAUAGGCGCAAACAAGCACACCAUCUACAACUUCAGUCCAGCUAUUCGAGCUGUACCGCUCGAGCUCAAGAUCCAGUCGUUCACUAUUCCCCAUUUCCCAUCUCUGAUGAUGGCCAUGGCGAGACCGACAUACUCUGCCAUCACGCAAAUGUCACCCGAUAAGCCAGCUAUGGUCUUCGUUCCGAACAGGAAGCAAGCCCGCAACUCUGCUGCUGACCUCUUCAACGCGUGCAUUGCGGAUGAUGAUGAAGACCGUUUCCUCAAUGUUGACCUGUCGGAGAUCCAACCCAUCCUCGAGAAGAUCAAUGAGCAAGCGCUUGCAACUUCGCUUUCUCAUGGUAUUGGUUACUUCCAUGAGGCUCUCAACUCGUUCGACAAGCGGGCUGUCCAGCACCUGUUCAAGGUCGGUGCUAUCCAGGUCAUGAUCGUUUCGCGAGACUCUUGCUGGGAGAUUGAUAGCAGUGCCCAUCUUGUUGUCGUCCAAGGUACCCAGUUCUACGAGGGACGUGAACACAGAUAUGUCGACUACCCCAUCAGCGAUAUUCUGCAGAUGUUUGGCAAGGCUGGCAGAGUUGGACUGGACAAGUCAGCCAAGGGUGUGCUCAUGCUGCCUGCGGUAAAGCGCGAAUACUACAAGAAGUUCUUGAACGAGGCGCUGCCCAUUGAGAGUUACCUCCAUGACUACCUCCACGAUGCAUUUGUCGCGGAAAUCAGCGCAAAGACAAUCGAGUCCACACAGGAAGCCGUUGACUGGUCGACAUACACAUACUUCUACCGCCGCCUACUCGCCAACCCUAGCUACUACAACCUUCAUGACACUUCUCAUGAAGGACUCAGUGCGCACUUGUCCGACAUGGUCGAGCAAACCCUCAAGGAGUUGACGGAUGCCAACCUCAUUGAGCAUGACGAGGACGAGGAUGCUAUCACACCACUCAACCCAUGCAUGAUUGCAGCGUACUACAACAUUUCGUUCAUUACGAUGCAGACACUCAUGAUGUCGCUGAAUGGUAGAACGAGCUUGAAGGGCGUCCUGGAGAUCAUCACUGCUGCCACAGAGUUUGAGGAUAUCCAGAUCCGACGACACGAAGACCACAUCCUCCAGCGCAUCUACGACCGUGUUCCAUUCAAGAUGCAAGAGCCAAACUUCGAGACGCCACACUUCAAGGCCUUUGUCCUUCUCCAAGCUCACUUCUCGCGCAUGCAGCUGCCUAUUGACCUGGCCAAGGACCAGGAGACUGUCUUGCGAAAGGUUCUUACCAUUCUCAGCGCCAGUGUCGACGUCCUCUCCUCGGAAGCACAUCUCAACGCCAUGUCCGCCAUGGAGCUCUCCCAAAUGGUCGUCCAAGCAAUGUGGCAAAAGGACUCUCCCCUCAAGCAAAUUCCACACUUCGACGCCGACACCAUCAAGGCCGCGCAAAAAUUCGGCAUUAACGACGUCGAUGACUUCAUCAAUGCCAUGGACGAAGACGAAAACCCAGACUACAAGCAACUCAUCUCCGCCCUCAACGUCGACCAACGCCAGCUCGCUGACAUUGCAAACUUCACAAACAACUUCUACCCCAACGUCGAGCUCGAGCACCAACUCGUUGACCCCGAAAACAUCGCUUCCAAUACGCCCACCCAACUCAAAGUCCGCGUCACGCGCAACCUCGAAGAAGACGAGGAGCCCAAGACCGAAGUGCACGCUCCGUUUUACCCUGCUGAUAAGACGGAGAGCUGGUGGCUUGUGCUUGGUGACCAGAAGGAGCGCACGCUGCUUGCUAUUAAGAAAGUACCUAUUCUACGCAAGCUCGAGACGGUGCUCGAGUUUACGCUCGAGAAGCCGGGUAGCCAUGAAUUGACGCUUUACCUUGUAAGUGACAGUUAUCUGGGUGUUGAUCAGGCGCCUACAUUCCAAGUUGAGGCUGCGGAAGGGAUGGAGGAAGAUAGUGAGGAGGAAGAGGAUGAUGAGGAGUAG